AUGUCUCGAAUCGAGGAGAAUGCGCCAAGAAACAUGUCGACUUCUGCCUCUGUUCAGAAUCUGAACAACGAGCGAAACCUGCUGAUACCCUCGGAAAACAUGAGUACCGACACCCUAGAUUCCGGCAAUCUCAUCGACACCGCUACGGCCAUGUCCGCUCUCGUGGAUAUCCUUGACGGCCAGCCUACUACGCCGCCCUCCCUCUACAUCGACCUCGAGGGAGUCAACCUUUCCAGACAUGGCACUAUAUCCAUUCUUCAGAUCUACGUUCUGCCCCGUCGCCAGGCAUACCUCGCCGACAUCCACAUCCUCGGUGAAAAAGCGUUCUGCGCCCCCAGUUCGGCCACAGGUCGUACCUUCAAGGACAUCCUAGAGUCAGAGACCAUCCCCAAGGUCUUCUUCGACGUCCGAAACGACUCAGAUGCGUUGUUCACCCACUUCCAGAUCCGUCUCGCCGGCGUCCAGGACCUGCAACUGAUGGAGCUCGCCACGCGCACGUUCCCGCGGAGGUUCGUCUGCGGGCUGGCCCGGUGCAUCGAGCGCGAUGUCUCUCUGAGCGCAACGGAGAAGAGUUCCUGGCUGGCCACCAAGGAGCGAGGCACCAGGCUUUUUGCGCCCGAGCGUGGGGGAAGUUACCAGGUUUUCAAUGAGCGGCCUCUCCAUGUGGAAAUCCGGCUCUACUGCGUUCAAGAUGUCCAUCUCCUCCCUAGGUUGUGGGCGCACUAUGACGGUAAGCUCACAGGAGUUUGGGAAGGGAGAGUGCGUGAGGCUUCGCGGGAUAGAGUGGCACUGUCUCAGACGCCUGGCUUCAACGGCAAAGGACAGCAUAUGGCACUGGCACCAGCUGGUUGGUCUUGGCUGUAAUCUGGUUGGUUCUAAAAGCUGUGGGCAUUCCGGCAAUCUUCUGUAGCACUGUCGCUG